AUGAGUAGAAGAAAGAUCCCCCUGCAGGAGUUCACGGUUGGAUGGGUUUGUGCGCUCCCAAUCGAGCUCGCCGCGGCGCAGGAGAUUCUAGAUGAACGGUACCAGGACCUAUCAUACCAGGACGCCAAUGACACCAACCUAUAUACGCUUGGCUGUAUUAAUAACCAUAACGUUGUUAUUGCAUGCCUUCCGGCAGGUCAGUUAGGAACCAGUUCUGCUGCUGUCAUGGCCGCCCGGAUGAAGUCAACCUUCACAGCGAUUAGGUUCGGCCUGAUGGUGGGAAUUGGAGGCGGUGUACCAAGCGACCAAGCAGAUAUUCGGCUCGGGGAUGUCGUCGUUAGCCAGCCGACGAAACACAACGGAGGAGUCGUUCAGUAUGAUAUGGGAAAGGUUAGACCGCGCACUUGUGAACGAACAGGUUCACUCAAUUCGCCACCGGAAAUCUUACUCAACGCACUGUCGAAAUUCAAGACCAAUGAACUGCGAGGGAUGAGUAAUUUUGCAUCGCGGCUAUCCAUAUUGAACAGUUCACCAGUGUUCACGUCUGAGAAUGCAGGACCCGACAUAUUAUUUGAAUCAACCUACGAGCACGUCGGCGGGGACAGAUGUGAAAGGUGUGAUAUUGACAGACAGAUCCGGCGGCAAGCCUAUGAAAGUCGAGGGUGUACCGUUCAUGACGGCACCAUCGCCUCCGGCAAUCAGGUUAUGAGAGACAGUAAGUUAAGGGACCAAGUUAGCCGGGCGCUUGGUGGAGUACUUUGCUUCGAGAUGGAAGCAGCAGGACUUAUGAACAGUUUCCCCUGUCUUGUUAUUCGAGGUAUCUGUGACUAUGCAGAUUCUCACAAGAACAAGAGAUGGCAGCCUUAUGCGUCGGCGGCCGCAGCCUUGUGCGCGAAGGAGAUCCUGUCAAUUAUCCCACAAACCGAAGUGCGAGAAACUCAAAGAGCCCAAGGAAUGUUCUUAUCUGAAUUCCUACGAUCUAUCAUUGAUGGUGUAGAUCCACAGCCGUUCCUUGAAGUACUAUCAAACAGGGGCCAUGGCCAAGAGAUACCUAAAGUUACCAUCGAUUGUCAACAGCAGAAAUUUCAUUGGGUCUUCAAGAAUAUUGAUUUUAAACACUGGGUGCAAUCCAGCCUUUCAAAGGGGCUCUGGCUCUCUGGCCCGCCCGAAUGCGGUCUCUACGAAGUUUCAUCAUACAUUGCGGAACCGGAAAAUACCACUUGGACUCCUGGCAGCGUUCUACGAUUUUUCUGCUCAUUAAAGAAAGGUGACGAGACAAGUGCUAAACUUGUUCGAAGGCUCCUGUUUGAAAUCAUCUACAGGUCAUCGACGCAGCAAGUAUCCAUUAUUAAAGAGUUUCUUCAUACCCUACGCGAGAGACUAGUGAAACGACGCGAAAGGGAUACCGAACGGCACGAAAGAGGUGAAGAACGGCGGGCGGCACCGAAGGUAAUUUCCGAAUGGCACCAUAAAUUAGACACUGUCUUCAAAGACGACGGCCGUCCGCAUGAAGUGAUAAAGACAAUGCUUGAAGAAGCCUCGGCAUUUGAUCAUUGGGCCGCUUUACAGGCAGCUCUGGAUAUUGAACAAGACUUAGAAAUGCUGAUCAUUAUCGACGGACUGGACGAUAUUGAAGAUCACAGAAAUGAAUUCAAGGAUGGGGUUCGUGGCUUUGUUGAUUAUCUUCUAGGACGGACGACAACAGCUAAGAUUUUACUCACGAGUCGACCACGAGCUGACUUGAAGGAACUCUUUACCGGGUUACCGUGUAUCGAAUAUGACAAAGAGAGAAAAGAUUGCCUUGCUAGUCUAUACUUCGAUAACUCCCGUUAUGGUAGGAUCUCAGAAGAACAUGAAGGCUCCCUCAAGUGGAUCUGGACACAUACUCAGUGCUUGAAAUGGUUAGCAGCAGACGCCUCCCGGCUCUUAUAUCUCCAAGGAAAGCCUGGCAGUGGAAAGAGCACACUUACAAAAUACUUUGCAAAGCUUUUGCUGGAGCGGGAACUGAGUGUGAAACCUGCGAUUCUGGCCACGUUCUUCUACAGUUGGAGAGAGGGAGAGGCCCAAAGAAGUCACUACAACAUGCUUCGAUCGAUCCUCUACAGCAUCCUAAACCAACACGAGGCUUUCUUUUACCAUCGCUUCCAAAAUGAAUAUCGUCGUAAAUUGGCUGAAGGCGGUAGUUGCGAUGGAGGUCUCGUAUCAUGGGACUAUUUGUCGUUGAAGAAUCUCCUUUCAUCUCUACGAGAUUACGCAGAACAGGAACGGUUCUAUCUUAUCAUCGAUGCAGUCGACGAAUCCGAUGACAAGGACAGACGCGAGAUUCUAGAUUUACUGCUUGGCAUUUGUUCGGAGACGAAAGUCUGCUUUAUAAAGGUGUUUAUGGCAAGUCGACCAGUCGCAGCUCUCGAACGCCGAAUUAGCGAAUUUCACAGCUUCAUUCGACUACAGGACGAGACACAAUCGGAUAUCUUUAACUUCGCCAGUGCAUUUCUACAACGCGUGGAUUUUCCACAGUUUGUUGAUCAAGCAAGAAGAUAUAUGGUUGAGAAUGCCAAUGGUGUAUUCUUGUGGGUAAAGCUGGUUGGAGAGGAAUUGCUCGCCUACGAUGAGCAAGGCUGUGCUGAGGAAGACAUAUUUGAGUUUUUGAGGAGUCUUCCUACCGAGCUGGACGAACUCUACCAACGAAUGCUUGAUAAAAUGACUGCAAGAACAGACAAAGAACAGAGAGAUGGAGUCAAGAUGUUUCGCUUCGUUUUGUUUGCUGGCCGUCCGCUUUCGGUUCGCGAGCUCCUCCAUGCUCUUGGUAUUCCGGAUAGCCCUGAACCAGAAUUCCUAGCCUCAGAAGAUCUGUUCCAAAGACGAAUUCCGCAUGAAAGACGCAUCGUACAUUGCGGUGGCAAUUUCCUGGAAAUCAAGCAGCACAACAGUACUUGGACCUCCAGCUCUUCAGGAAAAGCUACAGUCCAGGCUAUGCACCAAACGGUCCGCGAAUUCUUUCUCCGUCCUAAUGGGUAUGUAGCAAUGUCCAAGUUCAAAAUGGUCGGAGACGACGCUCACGUUUCUAUGGCUAUUACCUGCAUCCGAUACCUCAUGCUUUGCACUGCAAACAUGGCAACAAGACCCUCGGAUGUCAGGAAGUGGAAUUUGCAAGAUUUCGUAAGCUGUGUUCAUCAUAUUAAUCAGAGGCCGCUGGCAAGCUAUGCUCUGGCGCAUCUCAAAUAUCACCUGGAUCGUUGCCGGGGAGAUGCCUAUGUCCGGAGAUUGAAGACCCAGUUUAUCGAUGAAUUGAUUCGCACUUCUGAUGGGGCUACCUAUCUGCUAGAAAGGUGGGCAAGAUCACAACUCGGGGAAACUUUACUCAGCGAGCAAUCAAACUCUAUUGCAGAGACAUUCAGAGAUAUGGCUCUGAAUACAGCAGUCAACAAUGGGUUUUCAGAAGCAACUGAGGUGUUGGCUCUGGCUGGAACUAAUAUUCAACUGAAAGACAAGAAUGGACGCGCCCUAUUAUCAUUGGCGGCAGCUUCAGGGCAUAAAGCGGUGGUACAUAUGCUGCUAGAGUGCCAGGCAGACCCUGAUACAACAGAUAAUGAUGGAAGGACGCCGUUAAGCUGGGCUGCGAGGAACGGGUUUGAGACAGUAGUGAGGAUAUUGCUUGAGCGAACUUCAUAUGGUGGCCCGGAGAAGGAUGGCAUGACACCACUAUGUUGGGCAUCCAUGAAUGGGCACAAGCCUGUGGUGCGGCUACUACUAGACCAUGGGGCAGAUCCUAAUGUGGUGGAUAACAAUGGGUGGACUUCGCUUGGUAGAACGACAAAGAAUGGGCAUGCAACUACUGUGGAAUUACUACUUCAGGAAGGCGCAAAAAUUGACACGAGGAACAAGGCCGGGAGGACAGCCUUAAACUUGGCAGCUAGAAGUGGGCAUGAGGCUCUAGUGCGGUUGUUGCUAAGAUUUGGCGCGGAUGCCAAAGCAGAAGACAAGGCAGGAUUAACAGCAUUAUACUGGGCUGCCCGAAAUGGGCAUAAGACUGUGGUGCAACUCUUACUAGAGCACGGGCAUCAUGGGGUUAUUGAUGCCAUGGAUAAAAAAGGACAGACAGCUCUCAUAUGGGCUGCGAGAAAUAAGGAUAAAGAGACAGUGCGACUUCUCUUACUGCACCAAGCAUAUGUCGAUAUAAUGGAUAAAGGUGGGUCAACAGCGUUAAUAUGGGCAGUCAGAAAAAGGGACAUGGAAAUAGUCCAGGCACUCUUGGGGCAGAAAGUAGAUAUCGACACAAAAGACGACGAAGGAUCUUCGGCGCUAUUAUGGGCAACUAGGAAUGGGGAUAAGGCCAUGUUGCAGCUAUUCUUGGACUUUGGGGCAGACAUUCAUGCAAGGGGCCGGUACGGAUGGACGGCGUUGCACUGGGCAGUCUUGGCUAGGCACAGAGCAAUCGUUCAAUUACUGCUGGACUAUAAUGUGGACAUUGAAAUUAGGGAUGACGAGGGAUACACAGCACUAUCAUGGGCCAUCAGACAUGGGUAUGAGGAUAUAGCAGGGUUAUUGCUGGGGAGUAAGAAUACUGAACCAGAGGAGUAA